UGGACACUGGCAACACCACAUGUUAUUUCGUGAAAAUUUUCUUCAGUUUACUGACGGAUAGAAGUUUCGUUCGUUCGUUGUAUCGAUUUUUUGAGUGAAGUGAACUAGUGUUCGUGUCCUUUAGUUUAGUGACGUUCGUUAAGAAAAUAUCUGUGAAUGGGAUUGUGUAAUAAGAUAAAACCUUUAUUUGGUGUGUGAUUUUCUGUAAAGGAUGACGAAGGACAGGUUUGCGGCGCUACAAGCGGCGCAAAGCGAUGACGAUGACGUUGGGCCAGAUGAUGUCAACGUCGCCGUCGAGGGCGGCUACAUGGACGAAUUCUUCAGUGAGGUGGAAGAGAUACGGGAGAUGAUAGAUAAGAUUCAGGCUAACGUCGAGGAGGUAAAGAAAAAGCACAGUGCCAUUCUAUCGGCCCCCCAGUCAGAUGAAAAAACAAAGCACGAGUUAGAAGAUCUCAUGGCCGAUAUCAAGAAAACUGCGAACAAAGUUAGAGGAAAGUUAAAACACAUAGAGCAGAACAUCGAACAAGAGGAGCACUCGAACAAAUCCUCAGCGGAUCUGAGGAUAAGAAAGACCCAGCACUCGACGCUCUCUCGUAAGUUUGUCGAGGUCAUGACCGAGUACAACCGUACACAGACGGAUUACCGAGACCGGUGCAAAAAUCGGAUACUCCGGCAGCUCGAGAUCACCGGCCGAGCCACUACUGAUGAUGAACUGGAGGCGAUGCUGGAACAAGAUAACCCGGCUGUGUUUACUCAGGGGAUUAUAAUGGAGACGCAGCAGGCGAAGCAGACCCUCGCCGACAUCGAGGCGAGACACGCUGACAUCAUCAAGCUGGAGACCUCGAUCCGUGAGCUCCACGAUAUGUUCAUGGAUAUGGCCAUGUUGGUCGAAAGCCAGGGUGAGAUGAUCGACCGCAUUGAGUAUCAUGUUGAACACGCUGUGGACUAUGUCCAAACGGCCACGCAGGAUACAAAGAAGGCCCUAAAAUAUCAGAGCAAAGCUCGACGGAAGAAGAUUAUGAUUAUGCUGUGCCUACUCGUGCUCUGCCUCAUCGCGACUGCCUACGUGUAUAGCACUUUCUUCUGAACGGGGCAGGUUGGACUGGAUUCCUCUGGCAUUUAACGGAGCAUGAAAGCAAGUUUGUGUUUGGUGCCUACGAUCCACCCAUACUAUCUUCGGAGCUCCUUUACUUAAUGUUAUUCAACUCGUGUUACCUAUAUGUUAUCUAUAAGGAUUCAAUUACAUUCCAUUUCCAAAGGAAUUCUAUUAUAGCCCCGCUGGGACAUAGUUAUAUGACGUUAAUGACACGAAAUCUAGUUUUUUUGCGCGACUUGUACUCUUGCUUCUACUGGUUCUAAUCCGGACUACAAUUUGAAGUAGAUCUUGUUACAGUAGUUCGUUAAGUUAAUCCACAGAUAGAAAUUAAAGAAUAUAAAAAUGUGUUCUGUAUUUAAUCAUGUGAUAACUAUAGCUCGUGAAGCAUAUGACACAUCCGCGGUGUUGUUGAAAUGUCAAAUGUCACUUUGACAUGUCACAUUUGCGGACGCGUUGACUGUGCUUAACGCAUCAACACCAUAGAGUCGAAAUAUCGACAUUAUAUCAUAAAUGUGAUACAUUUGACUUCAUGGAUUUCUAAUUAGGUCUGUUUUUGGAAAUAUUGUAGUAUAGGAUUAUGCGAGGUCUUUUGCAGGUAUGGUUAUGCCAUUACAGCCUUUAUAAUAGAGAUAUUCCAAAAACAGCUAUACUUAGCACACCUGUAUAUUGCCUUCCUACAUUCCGCAUAAUCAUGACUGCAGUAGACCGUAGUUCGGUUUUGUCGCGUGCUCCUCGAGUGACAGAAAACAGUACAAAUUUUGUAGUUAUAACGCCCGCUGUUCACUGCUGUGAACCUAUAUACGCAAGACUCCUUUAUUUAACUACUAAAAGAAAUCUCCGGGUAUCAAUUCGUCUUAGUAUAAGAGUGUUCACAGCCGUGGCAGUAGGCCGUCUGUCGCGGAAGGCCGCGUCGUUUGCCGUCAUAGCAAUAAUGUUCGAUACAAUUUGUAAAAUUGUUUUAAACUUUCGAAUGUGUGAUAGUAGCAGUUGUUUAGUUAACAUUAAAUGAUAAUUGUUAUCGCGAGUAACAUUUUGAACGGCGAGCGCUUCGGUUGAAUUAGUCGGAAUAAUUGUUCAAUGUUAGCGGAUGUUCUGUUCGGUAAUUUAAGCCCUGCGUUGUACAGUAAUACAUAAUGUAGCCGUUAUAGCUAGGGUAAUUUUUUAAUAAAUUAUUAUCAACUUAUUACAAAGUCUUCAGCAAUACGAUGUAAAUGUAUGUAUGAGCGGUACUUAUGUUAUAUGUAAUAUUACACGUAGAGGUAAAGCUCGAAGUAAAGCACCAAUAAUUAAAUUAGUAUUUUCUUAUUAUUAGUAUUUGCGGUAUCGGAUGGAUUGUGAGUCAUCGCCCGGACGUAUAACGGCACUAAAUAUAAAAUCGGACGGACGCCAUCUCGUGAGCCGAGCGUGCACUUGUAAAGAAAGCAAUGUUAAUUUUAACAUUUAUAGUGUAAUUAGAUUUUUAUUAAGAGUAGGAUUCCCUAUAGUUGCCUUUGGAAUCGUAGAGAAUGUAAUAUAAAAUUUUCUCUGUAGAUUCAUUACGGUGUCACCAGUAUUUUUCACUUGGCAGUCAAUUGUAUCGCUUACGCGUGGCGCCUCUCGUGUGUGUCCCCAUCGCGCUGACACUAGCUAGUUGCCUCUUUCAUUGUCUCUAGUAUAAGUAUUGAGUCGAUUUAGGUGGAGAAACGCUUGCUAGAGUGGCCUCCGUUAAGUCUGCCUCGAAGGCUGCGAACUCGACACCAAGGUAGGUUAUAUAGGUGCGACGCGACGCAGCGCCGCAGCAGACAUUUCGCACAAGGACGAACGCGAGCGCACGGCGGCACGCCACGUGCCGGCCGUCUCGCUCGUUCCGCGUUUGUAACGUAGAGUAGGCAAUAAACUUCUAGUCAGCUUUCAAUGAUCUCUAUUUAUCUAUAUCUUAAAUCGUAAUAUUGCAGACGUAUUAUUCUGUUACUAGUACUGUAAGUGAAAUCUUCGUGUUCAAAUGUAACCAUAAAGCCGCUACGAUCUUAGGUUCGUAACAGACGCGUUGAAACAUAUUAAUCUUAAAUCUAGAUAUCGACAUAUUCAGAACUACUUAUCAAUAGUAUGCAUAUUGUUAUUGGAUUGCUAAUUUUGUGUGAGAACACAAUUAGUAUAGUUUAUAUAUACUUAUGUGUCAAUUCUUAUAGCAUUUUAUUACAUUAACAGAAAUGAUAGCUAGUAAGUGUUAAAGAUUAUUAACUUAUUUUGAAAUAUCCACCGAUGUUUCUUUGUUUCGAAAUUUUUACGUUUGUUAAUUCUAGUCCAUAUAAGUAACAUUCCUUAAAAAAGUUCAUACGUUAUUAGUAGCUAUAGGAGAGCUCAUUUUGAAAUUCCUAUGUAUUUUGUCCCGCUUUGUGAAUUUAUGCAACAACGAAAAAGGAUGUAUUUUUAAGAUUUUAUCAGCUUGCUUAAAUACACGUCAACAUUUAAUUUAUACCUAAGUUGAGUCUUUCCCUGAAUUAUUUCAAUAUUUACCCUUACGCAUUUAAAGUACCUGUAUUCCCUUUAAUGAAGUUAUACCUAUAAUCGUGGUUUAUAUUUAAAGUUGGUGCAUUUGAGAUUGCCCGAAAAACGUGAACAAAUGACAAGCUCUUAUUAAAAAGUAGAGUCGCUAGUCUUUUACAUAGAUUCUUUCUAAAAUCGACUACAUUUUGGGCUUUCUAUUUUCAAUCUAUUCGCUGUUGCUUCGCAGUUCGCGUUGAAUAAUGUGAAACAUUAUUGAUGUUUAUAUAGGAUUUAUUAUGAUUAUAUUAUUUUUAAAAUGUUAUUUAAUCAGAAAAUAUUACCUAGAUUGAUUAGUAAGUAAAAUUUUGGUUAUUUUGUAAAAACGGAAAUUGGUAUAAAAUAUUCGUACAGCAAUUUUCUUGUACUCAAAAUAAUCACUUAUAAAAAGUACCUACAUAGUUAUAAUAAUUCAUUCAUCAUUAUUGUGGUUAUGACAUAUUAUUGUAAAUUAUAUAACAGUGAGAUUCCGAACACAAUGUAAAAUUCAAGUUAGAUUUGUUUUAUAGUUAUAUUCUGUACGUAGGUUAUCAAUCUGAAAUUCUCUUAUAAUUAUAAAAUAAACGGUGUUUUCUGCUGUGA